CAGAAUAUUGAGGAUUGAGCAACAGGAUUGAUGUUUUUGUUGGUUAGGCAUGUCCUGUUUAUGCAGUAGGUAUGGCACUGGCAGUUUCAGCUAGCAUGUGUUUCGGAGGAAAUGGAUUGAGGAGCGCAAUAGCUUUUGAAGCUGAGAAGGGAUAUCGGAAUGCAUUGGGUAGCAAAAUGAGGUUCAGUACUUUUCUCCUUUCUAAAAUAUUGAAAAUUUGUUCUCGAUCAAAGCAUACUUUUGCUAAGAGUAUUUUGGAGGAGGCAGAUAGUUAUGGCAUAGCAAGCGUCUCAGAUCGAUCAAAGUUACUUAACAAGGUAUCUGUUUUGAUGGGUUAUGAUGGUCUUCAUGAUUUGAUUGAGAAUGAAAGAGCUGAAAAGCAUUAUGGUAUGAAUAUUAAAGAUGCAAUGGAUGAUUUUGAUGUCUCGUUCGUCUGCCAGAGAUUUCCAUCAAUCAUUUUGGGUAGUUCCCCUCAAGUGGAAUUGUAUGAUGGGACUGCUAAUUUCUUUGAAAAGUUGACACCUUUAACGACUCAAGGUCCAGAAGGAUUUUCUUCUGAUUCUGCGGUUGAAGAACAGGAGGGAGAUCAUCUCUAUGAAACAGGGGAUUCUCUGUAUCCUUCUUUUCCAAGUGCUGAAACUUCCAUAUUAACAGAGGAUCAGUCAAAGACUUUGGCUGCUGAGAGACACUCCUAUCAACCAGUUCCCGUGGAUGAAUCUUCUAACAAAGUGUCAGUUAAAUCACAAAAGAACAUUGUGCCUGAUGAGUUGUUCCUGGACAAUCCUAUCAGUUGUGUACCUGGAAUAAGUAAGAAGCGUAUUAAUCAGCUAGAAAAUUGUGGCUUUCAUACGGUUCGCAAAUUGCUGCACCACUUUCCUCGGACCUAUGCUGAUUUACAGAAUGCUCAAAUUGAAAUUGAUGAUGGACAAUACUUGAUUUUCAUUGGAAAGAUAUUAAAAUCAAGGGGAAUCAAAGCCGGUGCUUCUUUUUCCAUUGUUGAGGUUGUCGUGGGAUGUGAGAUUGCUGAUGAUAAAAUAAUGGACAAUCAAGAUGAUUCUACCGAUUGUAGAAGGAAAACAAUAUAUGUGCAUCUGAAGAAAUUUUUUCGUGGUACACGUUUCACUUCUCUACCGUUUCUUAGAAUUGUUGAGCAGAAGCACAAAGAGGGAGACUUUGUUUGUGUUAGUGGUAAGGUGAGGACAAUGCCUACCAAAGAUCACUAUGAAAUGAGAGAAUAUAAUAUUGAUGUCCUUAAGGAUGAAAAUGACUUGUCUUUUCAUGCAAAAGGGAGGCCAUAUCCUAUAUACCCUUCAAAAGGAGGCUUAAAUCCAAACAUUUUGAGAGAUAUCAUUGAAAGAGUUGUACAAGUUUUACCUGUCAAUAUUGAUCCUAUUCCUAAAAGUAUCAUUCAGGAAUUUGGGCUGCUCAGUCUUCAUGAUGCGUACACUGAGAUUCACCAACCGAAGAGUAUGAGUGAAGCUGAUUUGGCUCGGAAAAGGCUAAUAUUUGACGAGUUCUUUUACCUUCAGCUAGCGCGCUUAUACCAAAUGCUUGAAGGGCUUGGUACACAGAUAGAGAAAGAUGGAUUGCUAGAUAAGUACAGGAAACCUGAAUCAAGUGCUGCUUAUAUGGAAGAUUGGUCCAAUCUUACCAAGAAGUUCCUUAAAGCUCUUCCAUAUGCUCUUACAGCCAGUCAGCUCACUGCUGUUUCAGAAAUUAUAUGGGACCUCAGGCAACCAGUGCCCAUGAAUCGGCUAUUGCAGGGUGAUGUUGGCUGUGGUAAAACUGUAGUUGCUUUUCUAGCAUGCAUGGAGGUAAUAGGCUCUGGAUAUCAGGCAGCUUUCAUGGUUCCUACUGAGUUGCUUGCUGUCCAGCAUUAUGAGCACUUAAAGAAUUUGCUUGAAACUAUGGAGGAUGUUGAGUUCAAACCUACUAUUGCGUUACUAACAGGAUCAACCCCGUCAAAACAAUCACGGAUGAUUCAAAAGAGUCUCCAGACUGGAGAGAUAUCAAUGGUCAUUGGAACAACCAGUUUGAUAGCUGACCGUGUGGAGUUCUCUGCAUUACGGAUUGCUGUGGUGGAUGAACAACAUCGUUUCGGUGUCAUCCAGAGAGGACGGUUUAACAGUAAGCUAUACUAUACCUCCAUAAGUUCUAACAUGCUAGCCACAAACUCAGAUGGGACCUCCAAAUGUGAAAAGCAUAUGGCUCCUCAUGUUCUUGCCAUGUCAGCUACUCCGAUCCCAAGGACACUUGCUCUGGCCUUAUACGGGGAUAUGUCAUUAACACAAAUAACAGACUUGCCACCUGGAAGAAUACCGGUGGAGACAUUCAUUAUUCAAGGAAAUGAAAAUGGGUAUGAGGAUGCUUAUGAGAUGAUGCUAGAUGAGUUAAAAGAAGGAGGCAAAGUAUAUCUAGUGUAUCCGGUCAUUGAACAAUCUGAGCAGCUGCCUCAACUUCGGGCAGCUUCUGCGGAUUUUGAAGCUAUAUCUCAUAGGUUUCGCGGCUACAGCUGCGGAUUGUUGCAUGGAAAAAUGAAGAGUGAUGAGAAAGAUGAAGCAUUGAGAAAGUUUAGGUCUGGUGAAACAGAUAUACUUCUUGCCACGCAAGUGAUUGAGAUUGGUGUUGAUGUCCCAGAUGCAUCUAUGAUGGUUGUUAUGAACGCUGAGAGGUUUGGGAUUGCUCAGUUGCAUCAACUUAGAGGACGAGUUGGACGAGGAGUGAGAAAGUCUAAGUGUUUACUGUUAGCAUCUUCUGAGAGCAGCCUGCCACGGCUGAGGGUCCUCGGAAAAUCAUCAGAUGGGUUUUACUUGGCUAAUAUGGACCUUCUUUUACGUGGACCUGGUAACUUGCUUGGCAAGAAACAGUCGGGACAUCUUCCAGAGUUUCCUAUUGCAAGAUUGGAAAUGGAUGGCAAUAUCUUACAAGAAGCACACCAUGCUGCUCUGAAAGUUUUAGGUGAUUCUCAUGAUUUGGAGCAAUUCCCGGUACUCAAGGCAGAGCUUAGCAUGAGACAACCGCUGUCUAUUCUGGGUGACUGAGAUUACCUAAGAGGUUUCACUAGCUUUGAUGUUUCUGGGCAACUCUACAUAAUGGUAAUUCCAACAACUUAGAGGCUGCAGUUGUAUAUUUAGGAAAUUUGGGUACAUAAGAACACAGGAGUUUUUAGGUCUGAUGUUACAGGGUUGAGUUUGUUGGAACCAAACAUUCUGAAGUUUAGUCAGGCAAGCCGCAAGCCCUUGGAAUUGACAAUUGUACCAAGUCCUUGGCAAGUCACCCACAGAAGGGGGCCUCUGUAACAUCUAAGGAUGCUCAAAGAUGACAAAUUAUGUGGCCGCUGCGAUGUCUAAUGUUUAUUUUUCAUCGUUUUGUAUUUGUAUCUGAAAUCUGUAGGUUCAACAGAACAGAAUAACUGACCAAAAAUGACGAGAAAGUCUUGUUGCAUAAACUGUGUUUCAAGGAUAAUCUGAAUACAAAUCGGUUAAAUCCAAUGCCUUCUUUCCUU